AUGACCUCUCAUCCACCUCCACCACCCAUUCACUCUCCUUUUUCCGAAUCCUCAUCCGUCGACAACGAGGAAGAUUCCAUUCCUCUUCCACCAGGUCCCGUUCACACCUCCAUGAUCGAAGAAGAAGAUGAUCAUCGAACAACAAUUACAAAUUCGUCAAAAGGAGUUCCGCUGAUUCAAACGACUACCAUCACGACAACAACAACAACGACAUCACCACCACCACUCCAAGCCAAUCACGCCUGUUCUGAUUCAGGUGGUGAAGAAUAUAGUUAUAGUGGAAGUGAGAUGUCCACUCCAAGCUCGAAUCGAAUGACCGAACAUUCUACUCCUGUCGUCGCCACUACUAACACAUCAAACAUUCCCAUUCCAUUGGUUCCUCCCAUUCCCUUCGUUGUACCAAAACUUGAUCUUCCUUCACAAACAACAAGUUCCACAAAUUCCAUGAUUCCUCCUCCUCUUCCUUCCCUGUCUUAUGGAAUUACAGUCAGUCCAGCAGCAACAACAACCUCUCCGGAGAAACAACCUUCCACUCCUCCACACCAUUCGAUCAAUAGCAAUUCUUCACGUUCGGGAAGUGCUCUCACUCCGGUUUACGGAAAUCAAUCGGGACGAAGCAAUGGAGAACUUUCAAGUAGUAGUGGCGGAAUGAAUUUGGCAAAACGUUCAUUGAGAUUGGGCGAUGAAUUGGAACAACAAAGUAAAUACUUGUUUCAAGUGAAUGAGAAGGGAUUUGUCGUCUCAGUGGCUGCAAGUAUUUUGAUGGAAUUUCAACAAUUUGUGGAGAAAGAAUUUGUGGAGAGUGUGAAAACAAUUCCACCACAGAUUUUGAAUGAUGCAAAGGAGAAGAAGAGAGAUGAUGUUAAUUUUGCAUCCUUAUUUCAAUUUAGAACGAGUGAGAAUUAUUUGAAACAUUUGAAACUAUUCAAAGAUACUACUUUUGAAAAGAAUUGUCAAUUGUAUUGUCAACUUGUUCUUGAUUGGUUACAACAACCCUCAAGUACAAACGAAGUGGGUAUUCCUGAAUGGUCCUAUGUUAAAUUUAGAGCUCGUUUAAUGCAACAAUUUAAUUUGACAGGUGACGAGAAAUCAAAUGUAUUGUUGCAAUCACUUGAUAUCUUGAUUUGGCUCACUGCUAGUGACAUUCUGUGUGUGAUUUUAAAGAAUUAUAAUCCACAAGUUGUGGAUACUCAUGUGACAGAAAGCGUGUUGCGGUACUGUUUCACAGUUGUCAUUUAUGACACAUAUUCCAAUGCCAAAUUGUAUUCCAUUUGGAAACAAAUGCAAGAUUACAUCAUAGAUCAAUGGGCUUUCGUGAUUCGAAGAUUGAGUCGAAAGAACCUUUCAGAAGUGUGUUCCUUCUUUAUGGUCAAAAUGAACUCCAAGACUGACAAAGGACUUGCCAAAUGCUACAUGAAUAUUAUGAGAUUUGUGGAUAUUGACUUGUCGGAGAAUGUAAUUCCAACACGUGACUUGCUUGAAUCAUUAGUGAGCUUGGCAGAGAAGGACAAGACUGUCAAGUCAUCCAUCUCUCUAAGAAAUGCACUAUUACGAGUGUUACAAACCAUUUAUUUACAAUUGGACUUUGAAUUGGAAGAAAAUUGUAAUUUAUUGGAAGAGUUCAAUUUGAAAACCUAUGAGAUUGCAAAUAUGUAUGAAAAGUCAAAAAUUGGUCAAAAAGGAUCUUCAAAAGGUGAAAGCAUGAUUUUAAAGUCACUCAUUGUCAAACAUUCAGGAUUUGCUUUCCAUAAUGGACAUGCUGCAAAAGUUGUUGGAGAAGUUGUUGAAUUUGCACAAAAGAAGAAGGAUCAAAUUGAGAUAUUCAAUCAAUCUCUCUAUGCAUUGUGUGUCUUAAUGAAAGACAAGUAUAAUGUCGACCGAAAUAUGACGCCCUAUAGUUUUGUCAGAGGUCCCUAUCAAAAUCUAUUGAUCAAAUACAAACCAUUCGUCGAUGUGGUCUAUUCAGAGGCAGAUAAGAAUCUUGCUUACUUUACUGAAGAUCAAACGUCAAAGAAUAAGUACCGAGAAGUGAUGGCUCAGGUUGCAUCCGCUGUGAUCACAUUCUUAACAAAGAUGAAUGUGACAGUAGAAGCAGAAGAUUUCGAUGAUACUUCAUUUCUAUUGACACUUCUUGUCAUGAGAUUGGCUUCCUAUGAUGUUGAUAUUGUUCUAGGAAAGGAAGGAAUUAUUAGAAAAUUCCUGCAGCGUGAAUUUCAAAAGAAUAGUUUAUUCUCUGUGGUUGCCAUGAGAGUUCUCAAAAUCAUGCAUAACAACACCAAAGAUAGUUUCAAUAUUGACGUUUUGGCUUGUGAAUCAGAGAUGGAUUCUAUCAAGAGACAACCUACCUAUGCAAAUUUAUUGAACUCGAUUCGAAUCGAGUAUUCCUAUUUGAAGAAAAUUAUUGAACAUUGUUCAGAACGAAUGGAUAUUUCCAUUUUGCAAUAUACCGAUGUCGAAUAUAAUGUCAUUCGACCAGAAAAAACCAUGAUCUUUGUUCAAGAGGAAAGCGAUGGUGAUUCUGAAAUUGUCAUGCUCAAACCACCUUCAGAAAAACCAUCAGAAACUGGAGAUAAUUAUAGUUUUGGAUCCUCAGGUGCUGUGACUGAUCGCGAUUUGAGUUUGAUUAGUGACGCCGAUCACCAUCUCAAUUUAUCCUCAGCAAACCUCUCUGCUCCUGUUUCACCACGUGUUCGAAAGAUGACUAAAAAAGGAGCUUCUGAAACCGAUGUCUUUAAACCACUUAUGAGAAGAAAGACAGCAACUGUGAUAGACUUUUCUGCAACUUUGAAUCGAUAUCCAACACUUCCAACAAGUCCUCAACAAGAAUCUUCUUCUCAUCAUCAUCAUCAUCACGAGAAAAAGAAAUCCAAAAAGGAAGACAAACUCAAGAAGGAAAGAUAUGGCUUGGUGAAAUUACUCAUUUAUGGACUUUCAACCAUUCCACUCUUUGCAUGUGAAGAUUUGUUAAUGUUCGAACGAUUGGAGAGUUUUGUUGGAAAUUAUCUCAUGUGUGGUGAUCGAAACAUUGCUCUCUCAAUUUCUUCAGCAUUCCAAGAGACGAUGAGUGAACAUGCAAAUUUGAGAUCAUCCAUUCUGAGAAAGACCACUGAUUUAUUUGCAUUCCAUUUGAAACAAUUUAGCGAAGUGAAAAGUAUCAAAUUCUUGAUGAAGAAUAUUAUUCAAUUCUUAAAGAUUUGGUCCGAAGAUAAGAAUGGUAUUGAUCGAAGCAUUGACACUUGGAUUUUCAAACUCGAAGCAUGUUGCAUGAUUAGUAUGUGUUUUGUGGAUCGUCAACUUCGACUAAGUGCUUUGGAAUGUCUCGAAUUUUUAUCGAACUUGUUUUAUGAACAUGUUUCAGGACUUUGUUAUCGAACCAUUGUGGAAAAACAAUCUUCCAUCAUUCAACGAGCGAUUCGAAAGAUUGAGGUUCGAGAUGCCAUGGGCGUCGAUGAGUUUAUUUUGAAUGAUGACUUGUUAUUGAAGUUGGAAAAAGAAACUCUUGUUUCUGUUUCACAAAGUGAGACUGCCACAACUGUCUUGUAUACAUUUAUUCUAGCUUUUAUUGGAGAAACAUUGGCAGAACAAAAUUGUAAAAUGUAUACAGAAUUGAUUUCAAUUUUGAAAGAUUUCUGUUGUGAAGUGUCCACCGUUGCGUAUGAUGAUGAAAGAUUUGCUCCAUUGUGGACUGAUUCUUUGUGCUUGCUCGUAUCCCUGUGUGGUGUACCAAAUCCAGAAGAUCAAAACAUGUAUGCAGCUUUGGAGAAUUACAAGACACUUGUCAGAGGUUCUCUCAAGCAAAUUGACAUUUUUGACAAGUUCAUGUGUUCCGAUGAAGUGUGGCAUCACCGAUCCAUUGUCAACAUUUGUUCAUGUUUCAACUAUCAAGCUCUUCCUACAUUGCUCGAUAUGUUAACAAGCUAUCUUGAUUCCAAGAAGGAAAAGAAGGUCACUGCCAAUGUUAUUAUUGCUCUCAAAGAUGUUGCAAGAAUUGUGAACAGUUUCACACAAACUCAAAGUUUCACCAAACUUUUCAAAUAUCCAAACAUUUUCUCACACACCAUUCGAUUGAUUUCAGAACUCCUUCAAAAGUCUUAUUCUAUUCUUUCCACUGAAAAAGAUCUCAAGAUUAAGGAUCCAUUCCAAUUGUAUUGUGUUUUUCACACCUAUGCCAAUAAUGCUGCAUCUUUAAAUAAUGUUGCAAAAUCAUUGUACAUGAUGAAAAACACCACGACUCGACAAAAAGCACUCAAAAUGACCAAUGCUCUCUAUUUGAGAAAUGGAAAUGUUUGGCAUGAAGAUGCACGUGUCAAUGCAAUCAAUAAUUUGAGAGAAUGUUUAGACAAAAUUCCACAAAUGCAACAAAUUGCAGAAGUCACUGUUGAACGAAUGAAAGAUGAAAAAGCGAAAGAAUAUUGGCGAGGAGAAUAUGCCAAUAUUUUGACUGUGAAACUCAAACAUAUUUGUUUUAGAGCAAUUUCAAGUAUUCUCAAAGUGGAUCCAAUCACGACACUCUUUGCAAACACAAACUUUGAUUUCCAAAGUUUCUUUGUUUCUGCUGAACUUGCUGGAUAUCGAAUGUUGGAUGCAUUGCUUUGUCAUCACUUUGAACAUUUACUGCCAGAAUUUAUUUCUGUUAAUUACACAACUCCCGAUGAUUCGAUUGCUGAAGUUUAUAUGAAUGCCAUUUAUGACAAUUUAUUACCAAGUCCAACUGCAUUCUCUCCUCAUUAUUGCACCAAUGAUGACCGCUUGGAAUGGAUGCUCAUGUUAAAAGGUCAAGAAUUAUUUGAAGGAGCACCUUCAUUCCUUUCUGAAGAUGACAUUGUUUCAACCACCAUUGAAAAGAAUAUUCUUCCAAUUGUGUUGCUCAUGUUGUAUCUUCUUCAUCAUCCCUAUGAUUCAGUUCACUCAAAAGCAAGUGAAAUAAUUAUGGCACUUGUUCAAAAUAACUUUACUUUGGAUGAUUUGGAACCAAGAAUUGAUUUGAAAUUGAAAGAUGCCACCAUGUGUCGUUUGGAAAUUUUAGAUGUUGCCAUGAGAACAAAUUGUGUCACAACCGAUUAUGCACUUCAAAUUUCUGAUGCUGUCGCAGGAUUAGUGAGUUUUUGGAGUAAUGCUUUGUUUGCUGAAGCUCUUAAAUUCUGCACCACUUUGGCCAUCAACUCUAGAAAGGCAUUUAUGAUUCAAGUGUUAAAUCCAUGGAGCAAAUAUUUGGAGUUGUGUCCAGUUCCUCCACCUGUGGAUGUCAACGAAGUGAUUCACAUUGUCAUCAAAUUAUCCAUUCAUUUGCAGAGAUCUAUUGGUUUUAUCAAAGAAUUACACACACUUUGGAGAGAUUUGGCUUUGCAAGGUGGAUUGUUAAUGAAUCCAUUGAGUUCAACCUCAUCUCCUGUUCUUGGAUUAGAUUAUUCACAUGAAUUGACCUUCCCAAGAAAUUUGAUCAUGAUUGUGGAUUACAUUAAGGUACUUUUAUCGAAUGCUUACAUUCACGAAAAGGACAAACUUGAAAAGUAUAAUAUUGAAACAAUCUGUAGAGGAAUUGCAUUAGCUCUGUAUGCCUCUCAACCAAAAUUGACUCUCCAAUUGCUGAUUAGUGACUUGAGCACUUGUGACGACAAUUAUGGAGAUGCUGUGAUGUGCUUAUUGAAUGACAUUGUGUGUCACAACGAACACAAAAUUCACAUUCUCGAAAAAGCUCAUAUCAUUCUUUCCUAUGUAUUGAUCCGAAUGGAUGGAUCCAAUGAGAAUGCUCACACUCUCUUUACAAGUUUAUUAUUGAGUAUCAUUUCACAUACUGCUUCUCAAAUUCAUGAAAAGAAGAACUGGUUACUCCUUGUGAAAUUAUUGAAAGAAAAGGUGGUGACCAUCAAUUGGGUCGAUUGUCUUCUUGAACACAACUCUGACAAGUUGACACAACUCGAAUUGGAAUCUCUUGUUCCCUUCACAACCGAUCAAGGUUCAAUCAGUGCUGGUUAUUUAAUCAAGACUCUUGUCGAAUGUAUUGAACAAUCGGUGAAUCCACUUCUUCUCGAUUAUUUCGCUCAACAUGCAUUAGAAAUGGCCACUCGUGACACCAAAAACUUAAUUCUCGUUCACAACUAUCUCAGUAUUUUCUAUUACAUUUUAAGAAAUUCAAAAAAUAUUACACUUUCAAGAACAGUUCUCUAUCGAGUGCUUCAUUGCGUCUAUACCUUUGCCGAUGCGAAUGAAUUGAACUUUUUCAAUGCACAACAAUCUUUGGCACUCGUAAAUCGAACUGCUCCCGUGACAUUGAAUGCUCAGGAUAUUCUCAUUGAUUCAAAAGUAUUGGCUGUGGAUGUUUUACAUUUAAUGAUCACACGAAAUGCAACACUUGAUUACAAACAUGUCUUUUGGACAUUGAUUUCCAUAUUGUCAUCCAUUCCAGCUGUCUCUGCAAGUGCUGUUUCUGGAUCUUUAAAUUUAUAUAUUGAAGCCAUUGUGGAUUGUUUAUAUGAAUUGAGAAAUAAUGAACAAUGUUUCUCGAAAUAUUUCCUUAUUGAAAAUGAAAAGAUUGUCAAGAAUGAAUUAGAGAGAUAUAUUGCAGAGAGAGGUUGGAGAGGAAUGUUAUACAUAUUGGCAGAGUUUAUUGCUAAUAGGAAUAUUCAACCAAAGAUUUUGGACCUGUUGACCAUUUAUUUGAGAGCUAACAACAGUUACUUUUUGGAUGAAGUUCCAGAACGAAAACUCUUCACGUCACUUGUCAUUUUAAUGCCCUAUUUUGUGUGUGAUAUGGAUACACCAGAGUGUCAAAAUUUAAUGAAAACUGUUCGAGAAGAAUUGAAUGGACCACUUGCUGCAUGUUUUAACAACACUACAACCAUCACUCCUGUCGACUUUUCUAAUCGAGUUUGUUUAGAAUUAGUGAAUGCAUUCUUUUCCAAUACAGAAUAUGUGAUUCAUGCAGCGGAAAUUUUAACCAACAUGUACUUGACAAGUGCUGCCCGUUUACGAGAUGCCAUUUUGUUAGUUGUUUCAUCAUUUGUGAGAUUUUCUGCCAAAGAUGCUAACGCCUUUGCUUUAUUGUACAAGUUGGCCAUCACUUCAGAGAGUGAAGUGGCAAGUUCAUUCUUGUGUGAAGUACUUAAUCCUGCAAUUAGAGACUUUAAGCAAUUGUUGAAAUAUACAACAGAGGAUAUUCAGAGAUUGAAUGAUAUUUCCAAGUAUACACCAAAAUUAGCUGUCGAUCCAAAUCAAUCGAAAAUUAUGUGUACUCGAUUGAAAUUCUUAGUGGAAGAAGCAUUUUCAGUAUGUGGUCGCGGAGGUGACAAUCUUGCACCUUUCAAUAUUACCUCUUGUGAAAGUUCAACCUACAAUUAUAAGAUGAGAAGUGGAAAAUUGAAUUCUGCAACGAACAGUUCCGUGCAGUCACAAACUGUGAAUGGCAAUUAUGGAAUUUCAACUCUUCGAAAGACAUCCUCUUCCACUUCAGUCCCUCCAAUUACUUUCAAUGCUACUGUUACAAAGGCAAGUUCUGCCACACCCACACCAACCACAUUUUCUCUCAUGAAUAAGAUGAAUGGUGGUGGCGUCAGCAGUACAAGUAGUGUGGUCGUUCCAGAUAUGAUUCCACAACAACAAUUUGAAAUAUCUGCAUUUUCGAAUUCACCUAACAUCAAGCCCACUACAACAGCCAAUCCAUCAGCAGCAUCAGCAUCUUCAUCACCUCUAAUUACUAGUGGUGAUGUUUAUUUGCCUGAUUUAUCACAAUUAUUGUAUAAUGAGAAUUAUGCAAUUUAUUUCAAGGACUAUGCCCAGUCACUGUCAAUUCCAACGGAUGUGAUUGAUUUCUGUGUACAAGCCAUGAAAUAUGAAAAAGCUACAGAUUCCAUUCAGAGAAGUGUCUAUGCCAAGAGAAUUAUUCAGCAGUACAUUAAUGAUGAAACCUUUACAGUGCUGUCACCUGAGGAGAAACAAAAGAUUUUAACCAAGUAUAAGGAAAAUGUAAUUAAUCCACCAAAUAUUCUCUUCACAGAGGGUGCUGCCAUUAGUCAAACUCAUCUCUUGACACUCUAUCAAGGAUUUUUAUCAAGCUCUCAAGGUUCAGAGUUAUCUAGUCUCAUAAAGAACCACAGUAUUUAA